AUGUCCGGAGACAUCGCGGAAAGCCUCCUCGCGCAAUAUUACGGAAUUUUCGAGGGUCCAAAAGCUGAAAAAUUUUUAUCGAUCCAGGAAUGCGUGGGCAGCGUAGAGAACGACUCGGAUAAACUGAUCGGCGAGCAAUCGACCGUGGAAACGAACGACGAUGACACAUCCAGGGAAACGGGGGUGCAGGAAAAUGAUAUUGAGAACGAGGAAGAGAAUUCCGAGAUUGAUAUUCCAGCAAGAUCCUCGCGAGCGUUAAAAUGGGAAGCGCUCGAAGACAAAGAGGAUGAAGAAACAUCGUCCGAAUUCGAUAUUAUUUUCGAAGCAAAUACUGCUGGCAAUUUAUAUGAAAAUACGUGUGCCUCCUCCGGCAAAGAGACACAGGAUUUUGCCAUAUAUAGCAAGGCUGCCUCCACUCUAGGUCUGGAAGACAACGAAGGGAACGAUUCGUAUCUCUCGCUUAGUGAAGAUAUAUUGCCGGACAGUGCUUCAGACAUUUCUUCAAUAGCAGGGAAGAAGAAAACGGAGAAAUCUGCGAUUACGUUUGUUCCGCCUUCAACACCGCCGCCAAAUAGGACUCCGUUAUACACUGAGACUUUUGUAGAUUUAACAAGCACCGGUCUCACAUCACUCCCUAUCGAAGCGAUUGAAAAAUAUCCUGCGAUACAAAUGCUGUACCUAGAAGAUAACAAUCUCACCGAGCUUCCCGAAAAGCUCUUCGUUUCCCUACAACAUUUACAGUGGCUGGACGUUCGAAAUAAUCUAUUGACAAGUCUACCUACGAGUAUUAAAUCACAUUCUUCACUAGAAACUGUCUUGUUGCAAGGAAAUAAAAUCGAGAAAUUGCCAUUAGAACUUUGCCUGGUGCCGAAACUUAAAACCCUCAAUGUAGCACAUAAUCCUAUCACUGCACCUCCAAAGGAUGUUAUAGCUCUCGGAUGUUCGAGCAUUCUCAGUUAUCUCCGGUCUGAAUGGAAUAAAUUGCAUCCGAAUGAGCCCGUGACAUUCGUAGAACAGAAAAUUGAACCAAAGGCAUCAACGAUCUUGGCUUAUCGGUCUCCGCGUGAAAAACGGUGGAAAUUAUCAAAAGUUCCACGGCGAAUAUCGAAAAGCGCGAACGACAUCGGCGGUUCGUUCAAAGGCUCUGCGAUCAGAAAGAAAAGUAGAGGUUACAAGCCCAGCAACAGAUGCGAAGGUAAAGGUACUAAUAUGAUCAUGGAACAACGACUGCAAUGGAUUUCUAAAGCGAGAGAUUUGCUGAGCGCACAAUCAGCAACAAUUCAAAAAAUUAAGGAUUUGGACACUGUAAAAGAAUGGAGACGUGACAAACGAAGCUUCAAUAAAAGCAUGGAAAAAAUAUCGAGGAGAAAUGAAGAUGAUAUUCCAUUCGCAAUCGACAUUGAAGAUUACCCUACAAUUCGAAAACGUACACAAAAUGCGGGAGAUGCAGAUAAUUAUAAACGGGAAAAAUUAAGAUCAAUAAAUAUAAACCGAAAGAUUGAAGAAUUAACAGGAUUCCUGCAAAAGCUCGAAAUUACAAAAUCUUCAGAAAUAUUGACGCCUAAAUCUAAACAAAAAUAUCUCCAAACUGAAAUUGAAAAGCUGUCACAUUUUCAAAAGGAAGUACACAAUCUAAGAAGAUACAACGAAAUUAUAUCAACUCCAAUGAAUUCUCCAAAUAAUUCAUCUUAA